AUGAUGUCAACUUUAGAAGGUGUGCUAAAUCGGUCUAAGCCACGUCAUGAUGGGACGGAUUGUGAUUGCCUUCACGGAAGAUCGACCUUUCGGCUGGUCGAGGCUUACCAGGUCAAGAAUCGGAAAUUAUGGCGCCGGUAUCAGCGCCAUGUGCGAAGCAUUGUUGACAAACAUAAGCAGCACGGAAUCAAACCCAGGGUCAUUGAUCCACCAGUUGGCGAUGCCUUGACUCGGUUCCCGCAAGAGAUUCAGCUCGACCUUGCUGGCAACGAGAUUCUAUUGUUCCAUGGCACGAGAGAAUUUGACAAAGCAAAAGAUAUUGCCAAAGAGGGUUUUGACAAUCGAAUUGCCAGGUCAGGCGGGCUCUAUGGGUCGGGCACAUACUUUGCUGCGCAAACAUGCAAAAGUGCCCAGUACGCCACCAUCAACGGCGUGACAGGGAAAGCAUCGGCGCAUUUGAUUGGGACUAUGCUUGUUGCUCGUGUUGCUAUCGGAGACCCACACUAUGCAUCAGUGCCGUGUAGAAACUUGACGCGCCCACCUACGAAGAAUGUUAGCGCAUCCGCAUCCAACAGUGCCCACGAAAUUCGGUACGAUUCCAUCAUCGCAAAGCCCGGCAUUCCCAAUGGCCAAAGCAACGGAGUACAGGCUCAUAUGGAGUUUGUGACAUUUGCACCGGAGCAAGCUUAUCCGGAGUAUAUUCUUAGAUUUACCGAGGAGUAG